AUGGACGACAAACAACCUGUCCGGGUGGCCGUUGUAGGUACUGGAUUGGCUGGCCUGACAACAGCGUACCUGUUGAAGAAUGAUAAGCACCGACGGUACGACGUGACACUGCUGGAUCAGACGGAAAGCCUCUCGUUCGAUUCGGCCUCUAUCACCGUCAAGAAUGAAAAGACGGGCGACGUGGAACGUGUCGACUUGCCCAUGCGUGCCAGCGCCGGCGGCUACUACGCCAACCUGAUGCGCAUGUAUCGCCAUCUCAACGUGCCCUUGCAUCCCAUCCGCUUCCUAUUCAUCUUCUCGGAGGCUAUCCCACUGGCGGCCAAGGGCAUUCCCACGUCCACCGACGGCGACUCUGAAGGCGGUCAACAGCGGAGCUACUUUGUGCACGCGUCGAAUCUGCACCAAUUGCCACCACCGUGGCCUAGUCAGCGUAGCGUCCUCUUGCACAUUAUCGAGAUUAUGUACCUCAUCAUCUGCCAACUCUGGUUCUCCGUCGCCUGCUUCAUCAUUGUGCCCAAUACCACCGGGCCGGGGGGCGGUGAAUCGUUCGCUGAGUACCUGGAGCGUAUAUGGAUGCCACGCCGCGACAUUGUCAACUACAAGAGGCUGUCCCACGGCCAUCAGCACUAUGCAGUGUGCGGAGGCGUCAGUCAAAUCCAGGCCAAACUAAGCAAUGGCCUAGACGGCACACGUCUAGGGUCGCGCGUGUCCCGAGUUGCACCCGCGCCAAAUCUUGGUGGCGUUCUUGUACGGUGGAAGUCUAAUGGGUCGACGGAGGAGGAGCAGGAGUUGUUUGACCGCGUGGUCCUGGCUGUAUCGCCUGAUGUCGCCUCUCGUAUAUUUGCACCACUUGCAGCCAUUGCGCACAAGAUGCCCACGGUCCAAGUCGAGAGUUCUGUUCUCCCAAUGACCAAGGAAAACGGAUACUCGGUUGUACACAAAUCUAGCGAGGAUGGCGUGUCAGCAGGAUGCAUGCACCACAGCAAAGAUGGCUCGCGAGCCCAGACCAUCAUGCUCAAGACAAGGUUCUCCAACAAGGGCUCUCAGACCGAAGCCCUACAUACUAUGCCAAGCGGUGUCAUUGUAAGCACAUGUCCCAUCGACUCAACUGGGCCGCCCAAAAAUGCCAUCCGGUACGCCAAGUUCACCAGGACGCUGCGGACACCCCAGAGCAGGGCUGCGGUGGAGAAGAUGAUGGGGCGAGCGUACCCGGACGACGAUACAAAUGAAAAGCUCUUGGAUGAUGACUGUGACUGGACGAAUGGUGACGAUAAUGUGUGGAUAGCCGGUGCAUGGUGCUGGGAUGGCAUGGUUCUUCUAGAGGGAUGUGUCGUAUCCGCCAUGAAGGUUGCCCGUGAUUUUGGUGUCGAGAUACCCUGGGCACUGGGCUCAAUCACACAAGCCAUGAGCUCAUCAUCCUCACGAGAUAUCGGCCUCGCCUUCAUGGGCGGCUUCAUCGUCGCCGUGUUCACGGUGUCCAUUGCUGGAAUCUUGGCCCUACGCAGAACCGACGUGUAUGGCCUAGGCCACUGGAAGCUCAAUGCCAAGAUGCCCCUCUCAUCAAUGUGGAUGAAUCUAGGAUAUUGGACAACCCCCGAUGGAAAAACCAUCACCGUAUUUGAAGAUGCAUGUGCCAUGCUCUUACGACAGAUCCUUGAUACAGCCGGUCUUAUCGGACCUGAUGAUGCAGAGGACACGCCAGACUUAAAGCGUAGAUCCCUCGCCAUACUGGACGUCGGCUUCGGCUGUGGCGAUCAGACAUGGGAGCUCGUCAGACUCACCCGCGCUGCUACCCGCUGGUCCCGCUUUCGCUAUGUCGGCCUCACCAUGAAUCGGUAUCAGGUCGACACUGCCCAGCGUAGAAUAUACCGGGAGACACUGCCCCCCUCCUCUCAACUGCGGAGGCACGAGAGAAGAGAAGUUGCUGUUGAUGAUGAUGGUAGCAGUGGGGCCCCUGUUAUGGCACAGGUGCCUCCUGCAGACUCCUUUACCCUCUUCUGUGCCAACGCUGCUUUGCCGGAUGCCUGGAACCAAAAAGUCAAGAGAGCCGUCCAGUCCAUGGUGAACGCCGAUGACAGUCAUACUGAUCCUGAUUCCAAUGUCGGUGGGAAUAAAGAUAAUUUCCCCGCCUUCUCCGACCGCUGGUUCCUCGCCCUCGACUGCCUCUACCACUUCUCCCCUUCCAGGAAACCCAUCCUCCAGUACGCUGCCAACAAGCUCGCUGCAAACUUCAUGGCCUUUGACCUUGUCCUCAACGAGUCGGCCUCCUGGCGCGACACCAUCAUCGUCAGGGCCGUCGGCCUUAUGAUGGGCUGCCCCAUCCGCACCUUUCUCACCAAGGCCGAGUACACUGCCCAGCUGGUCAAGUGCGGCUACGACGAGGACUCCAUCAUCAUCCGUGACAUAUCACCUCACGUCUUUCCUGGUGUUGUUGGCUUCCUCGACGACCAAGACAGAGCGCUUAGUCAAUAUGGUGUCUCCAUUGGUGGUUUCAAGCUCGCUGGGAGAUUGUUUGAUUGGUUUGGCCGGUCAAACGUCCUCAAAGCCUCCAUUGUCGUUGCACGAGUCACUCAUCAAUGUCAAGAAUAA